GAGAAGGAGCGGGCAUAAGAGGCUCUGGGCUGCCGCAGCCCAAGCUCUCACCUGCAGCCAGGGUCUCUGUCUUCGUCCCAUCCCAGCCAUGCCGUGGUUCUUUCUGGCCGCGCUGCUGCUCGCGCUGCUUCUGCUGCUGCUCCUGUCCCGCCGGCGAAUGCGGAGACCUGGGGAGCCCCCUCUGGAUUCCGGCCUCAUUCCCUGGCUGGGCCAUGCCUCAGAGUUUGGCAAAGAUGCAGCUGGAUUCCUCUCCAGGAUGGAGAAGAAGCAUGGGGACAUCUUUACUGUGCUCGUGGCAGGGAGGUUUAUCACGGUCCUCCUAGACCCUCACUCGUAUGAUACGGUCGUCUGGGAGUCCAGCUCCAAGCUGGACUUCCACAAAUAUGCGGUCUUCCUCAUGGAGAAGAUUUUUGAUGUUCAGCUGACCAACUAUGAUCCUGGUUUGGAGAAAGCCAAGAUGAAACCGACCCUGCUCCACAAGAACCUGCAGGCCCUCACUGGGGCCAUGUUUAACAAUCUUUGCAACAUCCUUCUGAAGGAUAUAGGGGAAACGGGCACAGACUGGCAGGAAAUAGGGCUGUUCCAGUUCUCCUACGAUGUGAUGCUCAGAGCCGGCUACUUGACGCUGUAUGGCACUGAGGGUGAUGAUCCAGUUAGCCAGGCCCGCGAUCGGGCUCACUCUGCUGAGGUUUUCCAGAGUUUCCAUCAGCUGGACCAGCUUCUGAUGAAACUCGCCCGUAGCUCUCUGUCAUCAGAGGAGAAGAAAGAAGCCUCCCGAGUAAAAGCCCAUCUUUGGAAGCUUCUUUCCCCAAAAAGCCUGGUGGGCAGGGCCCACAGAAGUGCCUGGCUGGACAGCUACCAGGAAUAUCUUGAGGAGCUGGGAGCCGGGGAGGAGAUGCAAGCUAGGGCUUUGCUACUUCAACUCUGGGCUACUCAGGGCAAUGCUGGUCCUGCUGCUUUCUGGCUACUGUUGUUCCUCCUGAAGACUCCCACUGCUCUUGCUGCUGUCCUUGGGGAGCUAGAAAGUUCCCUCCAGAAGGAAGGGUGGGUGCUGUCCGAAAUGGCCAGUAUUCCUCAGGAAGUCCUGGAUAGCAUGCCUAUUUUUGACAGUGUGUUAAGUGAGAGCCUGAGAUUGACAGCUGCCCCCUUCAUCACCCGAGAGGUACUGGUGGACCUGGUGCUGCCCCUGGCAGACGGACGAGAGUACAGCCUCCGGCAAGGUGACCGCCUCCUCCUCUUCCCCUUCCUCAGUCCUCAGAGGGACCCAGAAAUCUACGAGGACCCAGAGGAGUUCAAGUACAACCGGUUCCUGAACCAAGAUGGGAGUGAGAAGCAAGAUUUCUACAAAGGUGGGAAGAGGCUCAAGAAUUACACCCUGCCUUGGGGAGCUGGGACGAACACGUGCCUGGGAAGGAGUCAUGCGAUCAGCAGCAUAAAACAGUUUGUUAUUAUUUUGCUGAUGCAGUUUGAUCUGAAAUUGAAAAAUCCAGAGGAAAAGAUCCCCAGCUUUGACUCCAGUAGAUAUGGGUUCGGACUGAUGCAGCCAGAGCAUGACAUCACCAUUUGCUACCGACUCAAGCCCAGAGGGACACCGGACUCCGCAGGGCUUUCCUUCUCAGCACCUGGGAAAACUACAGAAGCCUGAAAAGCUAAUGAUAAGAACAUACUCAUCUGAACUCUCAUCUCUCUUCCUCUCUCACUAGAUGAAAGGUUUGGCUAUUCUCUGCCCAACCCCUUCCUUUUUUCCUCUAAGAACCUUCCUGUUGGAAGAAAGAUUAUGUUUCUGAUGUCAUGGGAUUCAUCUGUUCUUACAGGACAGGGCAUCCUCUUCUGGUCCAUCAGUUUUGCUUGCUGGGAGCUCCUUCCUAGAACCAACACAGAGGACCUUGAGCUUGGCCCAAAGCUUUCUCCUUUCUUUGUUUUCUGUCUAUUGCUAGCAUUCUCUUUGGUAGGUGCAGAGGAUGGAGUUCAGUCACCAAGGACCAGAUCUGUAGCUCUAAGCCACCUAUAUGACAUGUAUCAUCAGUUUAAUACAGUGUGUCUGGACUUUGGAGCAAGGUUAAGCUGAUUGUGGACUCACACACAGACCCAUACUAUGCUCCAGGGAGCAUAGACCUACCACGUUAGUUGAUUGCCUGCCUAUCCCAAAGAGUUAGGGCUGCACAUAACACAAAGGGGAGUGUAGAACUUUAGCAUUACCUGGGCCAUUAAUGACUUCCAUCCAUAUCACUAAAGAACAAGUAGCCAAAUAUUGGCUGAUCUGAUGACUAUGCCAGUGCUAUUUAGAGCAGUGACUCCCUCCCAGUCCCCAGUACUCACUCCUCUCUGAUGCACAAGUGGAAAAUCCAUCAUGGAUGUAAAGUUAUUCCUAACACUCCCCAGACUUUCCCAAUCCUUAAACCCUGUCUGGGAAGGCCUAGCCCCUCCCUGAUUUUCUUGGUUUCUGAAAAGCCUUGCCUCCUAGGUGAAAAAACCAGCAUCCCAAAUUCCAAAUUGCCUUUCAUGUUCUCUAGCUAUUACUGUCUCUUGGUGUACAAUUCUAGGACCUACUCACUUGGGUGCUAGAAUUUUACUUGCUUGGUAGCCAUCCUAUUUCCCAAAAGUUUGCUUGGCCGAGUUUACAGACAACAUAAUUCCCUUUCAGUCCAGCAACCAACAUAGCUACUUGUUAUUCUGUUCUGGUUCUUCAAAGAAGAUGGCAACUCAAAUCCUAGAACAUAAAAUGCCAAAUUGGGGUUAGCCCACAGGGGUACGCUGCACCAGUUCCUUCUGUCAAAUAACUGUCACCCAGUUAUUCAUGCCCCAUAUGUUGGGGUUGCUUGUGUCCCUCAUUGAGGCAUUAUUUUUACCAAAACAAUCUAGGAAGUGCCCAAUUCAGAUAAGUCUGGUGGGUAGACAGUCAUCAUGAUUCUUCCAUACUCACAUCUAUGCCUAGUGGGUGAGGGAGGGGACACUAAGACCCAAAUUCCUAAAUACUGUGCCGCUCAGGCCAGGUAUCUGUGAAAAUCUGAGGCUGAUCAAUUGGACACUUCCUGUAAUUCUCACUUAAUGCACCCUUCUACUUAGUUGCUCAUUUCUUCCAAGCCUCACAUAGACUGCUCUAGAUGAAUAGCUGCUUCAGUGCCACUAGGUACAGUAUACUCACUCUCUAUUCUCACUCCUAAGUACACGCCUCCCCACAAACCCGUAAGCAUUCAACAUAGACACUCUCAGCCAUGGAAACUCUUCAAGUUUAUUGAAGUUAAUGGAGUUAGCUCCAUUCCAGCCUUCCAUCCAUUGUCCUUUUUAAAAAACUGAUUAUUGAUGUCA